AUGGCUAUGUGGUCUACGCAGCAGCAUUAUCUCGUGCUAAAUGUUACACGAUAUUAUUCUAGAAAUAGUACGAAAAUAUUCUUAGAGUUUCAGGCCGACAUGGAUCAGAAUCCAUAUUGUAUACCUGUCACAUUUACUGAAGAAACAAUGGGAAAUACAGUCUUUUUAUCCAAAAAGUGGAUAAUUUUCAAUUUACAACAAAUUGGAUUUUAUCGCGUCAAUUAUGAUGACGAAAAUUGGAAAUUAAUUGCGCGUUACUUAAAUUCUGAACAGUAUACAAAUAUACAUGUUCUAAAUCGAGCCCAAAUCAUCGAUGACUCAUUCCAUCUGAUGAUACAGAAGAAACUUAAUUUUUCCACAUUUUGGGAACUCUCGAGUUAUUUAUGGCAAGAGAAAGACUAUGUAGCAUGGUAUCCUAUGUUUAAAGCUCUGGAAUACAUGUCAAAUAUUAUUCCAUUUCUUAAUUCUGGACUCUAUCCUUCAGAAGUAUUCAAGACAAUAUUAGGAAAAAUAAAAAAUCUGUUUGAACGUGUAGAAAAUCACAUGAACGAUGACAUGGCAUCUAUUAAAUACGAUAUUGAUAAAUAUUUAAUGCAGGAAAUUGCAAAAUGGAGCUGCAUUAUGAACAAUACUUCAUGUAUUGAAAAGGCCAGAAAACAAUUGAGAUUGCAUGUAGAUAAUCCUCAAGAAAAUAGGAUUUUGCCUGGGUGGCAGAAGUGGAUAUAUUGUAAUGGUUUAUUAUAUGUGAAUAGAAGCAUGUGGGUUAAUAUAUCUUACUCCGCAAUUAAUAUAUAUAAAAAGAAAUCUGAUCAUAAAAUAUUCGAAUUUCUUAGUUGUUCCGAAGAUUCUGCAAUUGUUUAUAAUUACCUGAACGUUUACUUAUCGUUAUUGGUAGAUUUGUUUUUUGAGAGUGAUAAAGCAUCAGAAAAAGUAAAACGUAAUAAAAUGUACACUUUGGAGAUUAAUAUUUUUAUGUUUACUAUUGCGAGACAUGUUAAGAACGAAGCACUAUUUAAAAUAAUAUUGAAAAAUUUUAAUGACUUAAUUAAUUCGAUACAUUGGUAUAAUCCAUAUAAUCCAUAUAAUACAUUUGGAGCAAUCACUAUGAAUGCAGCAUUAAUUGUAAUGAUUAACAAUGCAUAUUCCCAGAAGCAACUUUCUGAGAUAGAAAAAUUUGCACUCAAUCAUACGAAAUUUACUUUGAGCAUUAAAAACAAAUUAAAGACACGUUCUGAACAACUGGUCAGUCAGGUGAAAUUUUAUGAUGAUAUAUAUGCAAAAAUUGGAAAGACUUAAUAGAUCUAACUAUAUCGUUAAAAAUUUUACUUCAGCAAA